ACUGCCCCGCUGAGAGCGACGUGACGUAGGGAAAACCGAAAAACUCGGCGUAAAGUAGCUGGUGAAAAACAUCCAUACGCCAGAGUUUGCCGAGACGCGAAAUGCGCUACCUCGCUUCCGUGUCUAUCAUUCUCAGUUGUGGAUAUGCAAAAAUACUUUUCACGUCGCAAUGUUUGUACAGACGGGGCGCUUUUCGCUCUUUGUAUUGUGCUGCUGAACAGCUCUGCUCGUGCCUCUGAGGACGAUGAGGUUUUGGGGGAAAAACAACUUACGGAGCUGUACAGUAAAGGUGCGUUCAUCCUGGAGAGCGUGCGGACGCAGCUCUGCGUGACGCUGAAUGGCUCCACUGGCCUGGUGCUGUCGGACUGCGAGCGGCCCACGCGGGCCAUGCUGUGGAAGUGGGUCUCCCGGCACCGGCUCUUCAACCUGGGCAACAGCCGGUGCCUCGGCCUGAACACCAGCCGCAUGGCGCAGCCCCUGGGGACGUUCGAGUGCGACGCAUCCAUCCGCACGCUGUGGUGGCGCUGCAGCAGGAACAUGCUUUAUGGCGCCUCACAGCUGAAGCUGGCGCUAGCGGGCAGCCGGCUGGUGGCCAAGAGGACUGAGUACCACGAGUGGCGGAGGUACUCCACAUCCGGGGAGGGACCCUGUGCCUACCCAUAUGAGGUGAUUUACACUCUGCAGGGUAAUGCCAAUGGGAUGCCCUGUGCGUUGCCCUUCAAGUACAACUACAAGUGGUACUCGGAGUGCACCAGUGAGGGCAGAGAGGACCAGCGCCUCUGGUGUGCCACUACCAGCCGCUACGACCAGGAUGAGAAAUGGGGCUUCUGUCCGAGCCCAGACACAGGCUGUGACUGGCUGUGGGAGAGCAAUGAGGAGUUGCGUGCGUGCUACCAGUUUAACCUGCACACCUCAGUGAGCUGGAGUCAGGCGCACGCCUCCUGCAGAGCUCAGGGAGGUCACCUGCUCAGCAUCACCAGCCUGGCAGAGCGCAAGUACAUCAGAGACAGACUUGCUGAUGUUGGGGUGAUGGUCUGGACUGGACUGAACCAUCUGGGCAAGGAAGGGGGGUGGCAGUGGUCUGAUGGAUCUCCCCUCACUCUGAUUGACCUUUUCUCAAAUCGACAUGACCCCAGCAGAUUUACAAGAGCCGUGCCCUCGGCUCCUGUACCGUCCAGCCGCCAGUGCCGCGUGUGUAGCUAUGCCUCGGGCAAGGAGCAGUGGCGGAGCAUGUCAUGCGAGUCAGCUCUGUACUACGUCUGCAAGAAGACCCCCAACAAUACCCGCCGGGCUGAACCGCUAGAACACUGGCAGUACCGGGCCACAGUGUGCCCCACCAAUGACUGGGUGGCCCACAACCGCUUCUGCUACAGGGUCCUGGAGGAGCACCGGAGCUGGGACAACUCUAGCAGCGCGUGCCACUCCCACAGUGCUGAGCCUGUCAGCGUGCAGUCACUCUCCCAGCUGGAGCUGCUUCGCAGCCUUCUCAACAAUGUGUCGGCCCCAGCAGUGUGGAUUGGGCUGGUCAAGUCAGCGGCAGCAUCAUCUGUAGAGUGGUCAGAUGGCUCACCUGUUUCCAUGACAGUCUGGCACCAAGACGAAAGGUUCCCAGUGGCCCCCAACACUCGUGUGUGUGGCAAAACCAACCCUCAGGGGGACUGGCUGUUGGGAGAUUGUGCUGAGAAGCUGCCGGUGGUUUGCAGAACCUCAGGCCUUGUGCCACUGCAUCCAUCAGGGGAGUGGGAUGAGGGCUGCCCAGAGGGUUGGAAGCGCAAAGGCCAUAACUGCUACCGGCUGACUGACAAGGAGCAGACGUUUGAGGAUGCCAUGAAGGGCUAUUACUGCAAGGCCCCUCUGGCCACUGUGGAGGAUAGGUUUGAACAGGCCUUCCUAAACAGUCUGCUGGAGAACUCCGGUGCGUCUGAGGGCCAGUUCUACUGGACAGCCCUGCAGGACAUGAACCAAACCCGGGAGUACAGCUGGCUCCAUCCAAACGGCUCCAAGCUGCCACUCAGUUAUACCAACUGGAACCACCACCAACCAGUGAGUGAUGGAGGCUGUGUGGCGAUGUCUGGAGGUGUAGCUCUGGGUCACUGGGAGGUGAAAGACUGCAAAUCCCAGAAGGCUUUAUCUGUGUGCAAACAGAGCGUGAGUGGCUAUGAGGACCUGCACCUACCUCUGCCCCAUAUAGACCUGUUUGCGCCCUGUCCAGAUGGAUGGGAGACCGGUCCUCAUCUGCUCGUCUGCUUCAAGGUGUUUCACAGUGAGAAGGUGCUGAUGAAGAGAUCUUGGGCAGAGGCGGACGUCUUCUGCAAGGGGCUGGGGGCCAACCUGGCCAGUUUCCUGCACUAUGAGGAGGAGACCUUCCUGAAGAGAACCAUCGCAAACAUGUUUGAUGGAACAGAAGGUCAGGGUUCUGGAAGAUGGUUCUGGGUGGGUUUCACCAGGAGAGACCCCAAAUCUGCAGGGUCCUGGGAGUGGUCCGACGGCACACCGGUGGUGACGUCCUUCAUAGAGGACAAGAAUGGGGAAGAUGAGAACCAUGAGUGUGCACUUUACAGCGACCUCACCAACCACCUCACCCCUCAGUCCUGCAGCACCAAACAUGAGUGGAUCUGCAAAGUACCCCGAGGUACAGAGCUGAGUAAGCCGUAUUGGUAUAACAGCCAGCAGGAACCCUGGGUGUUCUACCGUGGGGCGGAGUACUUUGUGGCCCGACAGCUCUUCCCCUGGGAGUCUGUGGCCUUCGCAUGCAAGAUGAUGGGAGCUGACCUGGUCUCCAUCCACUCCAAAGAGGAGCUGAACUUCAUCAUGGAGCGUAUACACAAGCAUCCACAUGGUCCCACUAAGUGGUGGAUUGGCCUUGCAAUGGAAAGUGGUCAAGACAUUGAGUGGACAGACGGCUCAUUUUAUGACUACUCGAACUGGGAAGCAGUCAACAGCAGCAGCCAAAGUGCCAGCAGGAAGCGAUGUGCUUACAUGUCCUCAGAAACAGGAGGCUGGUUUGCUCACCCCUGCUCUGAGCUCCAUGGUUACGUGUGUAAACGCAAGACAGCCUCUGUGAUGGAGAUUCCCAGAGAGCCCCACUACAUUGGCGCGUGCCCCAGCAAUUGGUUCUACUUUGGACACAAGUGCCUCCUGUUGCACCUGCCGAGUCGGCCCGAGGAGGGGAAGAGCUGGAGGGACGCCCAGUCCAUCUGCUCCAGCUUCCAGGGCUCUCUGGUGGCCAUCGAGGAUGAGAUUGAACAAGCAUACAUCACUAUGUUGCUGGACGGCAACUCGGCAGGCGUGUGGAUUGGCCUUCGAGAUGAGGACACCAUGAACUGGGCCUCUGGGAAACCGGUGACCUUCACCAACUGGUCCCCAAUAGAACCCAAGAGCUCUCUCACUCAGGAGGAGUGGUUGAAUGGUCCUCUUGCUGGAGAUGUACCCCUUUGCACGCUGCUCUCCAACAACCACAACUUCCACUUCACAGGGAAAUGGUACGACGAGAAGUGCACCGAGAGCGGCUACGGCUUUGUGUGUCAGAAAGCACAAGACCCAAAGAAGCCCCCCACUCACUCCUACCUGCCCGGCUCGCUGGAGAUCUCGGAGUACAACAACCACAGCUACCGGCUGGUGCGCAGCAACCUGAGCUGGUACGGGGCACUGAGCGCGUGCGUGGAGCAGGAGGCCGAGCUGGUCAGCAUCACGGACCCCUUCCACCAGGCCUACCUCACCGUGCUCGUCAACAAGCUGGGCUUCCCCCACUGGAUUGGGCUCUACAGUCAAGAUGAUGGCAUAAACUACCAGUGGUCAGACGGCAGUGACACCCUGUACACGCACUGGGAAGCGUCCGACGACGAUGACGAUGUGGGAGACUGCGUCUACAUGGACAUCACAGGAGGCUGGAGACGGGCAGAUUGCGAGAAGGGCCUCAGGGGGGCACUGUGUCAUGUCCCGCCACCCAGUGCAGAAAGUAAUGCCUUCUCCCAUGGCGUGGCCUGCUCCUCUAGCUGGCUGAAGUUCAGGGGCAGCUGCUACAACUUUGAGCCUGUGCUUCAGAGACUGGGCCUGGAGGAGGCCAGAGAGCACUGCCGACAGAAAGGGAAUUCCUCGGACAUGCUGACCAUUAGGAGUGAGGAGGAGAGUCACUUUAUACUGGAGCAGCUUGGAUCCUAUGGACUCCCACAUCAGACGGUGUGGCUGGGCAUUCUUUUCGACACUGACACUGACACUCUGACCUGGCUGGACGGGUCACCUCUGGACUACUCCAGUUGGCACUUCCGAGCACCGGACACCAGUGUCCUGAGGCCAGACACAUGCGUAUCUUUGCGCGUGUCUGAUGGUGUGUGGAACCUAGCCUCUUGCACAGACCAGCUGGGCUUCGUCUGCAAGACCAAAACAGUGGCCGACAGAGGUGCUGAGGUGGAAGUCCAGCCCCUGAAUGGUAUGCAUCAUGGUGCUGUGCUGUUGGCGGUGCUCCUGGCCAUCCAUGUGUUUGGCCUGCUGGCCUGCACUGGCUGGUUUGUCUACAAGAAGAUCGGCUUCCGGCGCCUGACGUCCCUGGGGCCAGCCUACUACAGACAGACCAGCUCCCAGUCCACCGAAUCAGAUGGGAAUGUGCUCAUUGGAGACUUAGAAUUGACUGCAGGGGAAUAGGGAUAUUAGUAAUUUGUGAAUGUGUGAGUGAGUGUGUGUUUGUUUGCCCGUGUCUGUGUGUGUGUAUGUGUGUGUGUGUGUGUGAGAGAGAGAGAGAGAGAGAGAGAGAGAGAAUGCAGUUGUGUGUUUGUGUGUCUCAGAGAGAGAGAGAUCAUACAGUGUGUUUGUAUAGGUGUAUGUAUUCAGGUAUGUGUUUCCUCACCCAGAGAGACUGCUUCUCUUCUCUGGGCUUGGAUUAUGAAGGAACCAUGUGAUUUACAGAUGAUCAGGGAUGAGGCUAUUGUAGUGAGCAAAACUGACAUUCAGGCCAUUUUGACCCCUGCACCUCCCAGACCAGACUUUACUGUUCAGGGCUACAGGGAGAUGAAUGGAUUGUAUAAACAGCAUCUGCACAAAGACCUUUGGAGGCCCCUCUUUGUAAUUGGUCUCAACUUUAACGAGGGGUCACACUUUCCUUUGAGAGUUUGGGGAUGACUUUCUGUUUAAGAUCAGGGAAAACUUUGUGUGUUAGAUAUGGAGCAUUGUAACCAAAGCAACUGUAGAACUGAAUCAGGGUCCAGGAAGGUUUUCUUUGGAAAGAGAAAUUUUAGCAGAAGCCACAAACAUCUUGGAUCACAUUGGACACUAACAGCUUCACAGUUUGGACAUGCUUUUUUGGUUCCCCUAGUAAACACGAAAUGUCAUUUAAAAUAUUUGAGAAGCUUUUAAGUUGCUUUUAUAACAGCACUUUAUCACCCCAAACGGCUCAAUGGAACCUAGCCAGAUCUAAUGAGAGUAGCUCAUAUUGUGUGUGUGUGUGUGUGUGUGUGUGUGUGUUCAUGAUUAUGUGAGACACUGUUUCACAUUUUCUUUUUCUUUAGACCUUUUGUGGUUAUUUAGAUUUACUCAAUGGAAGUACUUCAGCUGUGCUACGUCUUAAUAAUAAUAGAUUUGAGGAACCUGCAAGUGUUGUUUUCUAUUUAAGAUGCAUCAAACUUUUUUUCUUUACUCAUCUUAAAUCACUUCACUGAAGUAUUCCCAUCAUAUCCACAAAUUGAAGCCUCAUCCCACACAGUGCCAUGUGUAUUAAGACUUUUUCAUCCAUGUAAGAUGGCAAAAGAUGACUUAUUGAUAACAUUAAAUGACCUUACAUCCA